AGGAGGUUUACGCCGAGGCCAACUCCUCUGGGGACCAAAGGGCAACGAUCGGGAGGGGAGGAUGGAGGAUAUAAGCCCCAACCCAGCCCCAGCCCCUCUGGCUUCCCUCUCCUCUUUCGCGCCGACAGGGAAAGGCUCCGGACGCUGAGUGAAAAAUGCCUCUUGCAGCACUUCUCGGGAAUCGGUGGGAAGCACCAGCGGCUGCACCGUCCCAAUUCUCGGGAGGCAUUCAGGAGUAAAACGGUCCCUUUCGGGGUUACAGCUUGAAUAGCAGCCCUGCUGUGCUGAUGAGGGGUGGGGAAGGCUCAGACAAGAAAGGAAGAAGGCAGCACAGAUGCCUGCAAUUUUUGUACUUGACCGAAAAUGUACGACAGUCACGAAGAUGUUGAUUCGGAUUCUGAAAAGAACUCUAAAGAGAGGGAGCAGAAGCUGAAGUUAAAUCCAGAUAUUGAUAGAGGAUGGGCUUGGAUGAUAGUCUUUUCUUCUUUCCUGGUGCAUAUACUCAUCAUGGGAUCACAAAUGGCUCUUGGAAUUCUCAACAUGGAAUGGCUUGAAGAGUUCAGUCAAAGUCGAGGGCUGACGGCAUGGGUCAGCUCCCUCAAUAUGGGCAUUACUCUGAUUGUAGGUCCCUUUAUUGGUUUGUUUAUUAACACCUGCGGGUGUCGGAAGACAGCAAUAACUGGAGGAAUCUUAAAUGCCCUGGGAUGGAUAUUAAGUUCCUAUGCUUCAAAUGUACAUUACCUCUUCAUUACAUUUGGAAUUAUAGCUGGUAUUGGAAGUGGGAUGGUGUACCUGCCUGCUGUGGUUAUGGUGGGAGAAUAUUUUCAAAAGAGAAGGGCUCUUGCCCAGGGACUCAGCACAACUGGAACAGGCUUUGGUGCCUUCCUGAUGACAGCUUUGUUGAAAUAUCUUUGUCUGGAGUUUGGCUGGAGGAAUGCCGUGUUCCUUCAUGGUGCAGUCUGUCUGAACCUGUGUGUUUGUGGAGCACUUCUGAGGCCAAUUCGUUACAAGAAGGAAGCUCCUGAGCAAAGCAAGGAUGGAAACAAGAGUCAAAGCAAUAGUCCAACAAAAAUUCUUUCCUGCUCUGCCGAAGUGCUAACAUCUAAUUGUGUUUUAAGGGAAGUGAAGAAAGAGGCAAAGGGAGGACAAGGUACAAAAGAAAACAUUGCCAAAAUUUCAGCCUUGGAAAAUAAAGAUGGAAUCAGAGACCAAAAGGAAAUCUAUACUCUUGGUAUUCUAAAGCGAGUAGGCCAGUUGACAGUUACAAGCCAGAAAGGCUUCAGAACCUGGUAUUCUAGUUACUUUGGAACUGCUUCUCUCUUCACCAACAGAACAUUUGCAGCUUUUGUAUUUUGGGCUUUAUUUGCCUAUAGCACUUUUGUGAUCCCUUUCAUCCAUCUCCCCGAAAUAGUGAAACAGUACAGAUUAUCAGCACAGAAUGACAUCUUUCCUUUGACUUCAAUUAUUGCAAUUGUUCACAUUUUGGGGAAGGUCGUCCUUGGCAUAAUCUCUGAUUUGCCUUGCAUCAGUGUUUGGAAUGUCUUCAUGGCAGCUAAUUUUACUCUUGUCUCUUGCAUUUUUAUUUUGCCAUUAAUGCAUACAUUUGCUAGCCUAGCAGUGGUUUGUGCCCUAAUAGGAUUUUCCAGUGGAUAUUUUUCACUUAUGCCAGUUGUCACUGAAGAUCUAGUAGGGAUUAAGCAUCUUGCAAAUGCCUACGGAAUCAUCAUUUGUGCCAAUGGGGUAUCAGCACUCUUGGGACCACCAUUUGCAGGAUGGAUUUAUGAUCUCACACAAAAAUAUGACUUUUCUUUCUACAUAUGUGGCUUCCUUUAUAUGGUGGGAAUACUUACUUUGCUCAUUCAGCCUUAUAUAGACAAGGAAAAGCCACGAUCAGGAAAAAAUAUAGAAAAUGAAAAUGUUUAGAAUCAUUCAAUUCAUGUUUUUAUGGAAGAAAUCUUGCAUUUCUGAAGGAAGUAUUAAAUUAUAUAUCAGCUAACAGUGUUAAACAAAACUGAACAUAUCAACCCUUACACUAAGGUGCAUCUCAAUCAAUAAUUGAACAUUAAUUUUUGUGAAGUUGGAGGUAAAAGGCAGUAAACAAAGAGCUUGGGUAUGGAGUGAUCAUUUGCCAGUGUGAGAAAAAGUCUGCAAAUAAUCCUUUGUACCCCACACCAAAAAUAAUAAGUAGGAGAAAGAAAGAAAUACUGUCAGGUUCCUAGUUUGAUAGAAUGGAUUUUUAUCUUUCUGCAAUUGCUUGCUGCUAUAAUAAGAUAUCAAGUACAGAUUCCUUUGAGACUGCAAAGGUUAUUGCAAGUGGCCAAAGUAGAUAUACCUGAUAUUUCUCCUUAUUUCUGAUCCACUGAAAGAAUGAUCAAUUUGGAUUUUCUAGGCCAAGACCAUAGUUACUGACCCCCUUUUGCUAUCCUGUUUACCAUGGGUUAGUUUUUAAUGCUUUGCUCCAAUAUCAGUAUCAAAUGACAACCUAGAAAGAUCAGUCCAUUCAAUGAACCAUCUGCUAAUGGACCAGAAUUUAUCAUAGCGCAACACACCAGUAAUUCUAGUGUAGCUUCCAAUUGCCUUAGGAACUGUUGUUGCAAUAGCUGCUACAACUACAGUGCUCUGCUGUUCUCUCAUUUUGCCUGGCAAAUAUGAUGGGAAUGUGGGCAAAAAAUAUGAUCUUUCACACUCAGUGUGAAGUACACUUUUAAAAAACCUGUGGAUAAAUUACUAUAGAUCAGUUCUUCGUAAGAUUUAUAAUAAUAUUGAAUAAUGGAUGGCUGUAUAAAACUUCCCAUCCCUUCUGAUUCAAAAUAGCCUAGAUACUGUAUGGUUAAUGAUGAUAAUUUUGUGAUGUGUUUGAGGAGUGUUUUUGAUAAUUUUGCUAAACUGAUGACAGCCAACCAUAAAAUCAACUGCCUGUGACAAGAUAAAUGCUUGAUGAGUGCAUAUGUGGUCGACUUUCAGAUAUUAGGUCAAGAUUUGGACUGGAAUGUAAAGGGAUUAAACCACCCGUUUAAAGAGGGCCUAGUUGAUGAGUUAUAGGAUGAGUUCACUGGGCAGGGAAUCUCAGGGAUCCUGUCUGUGUUAAUCUAAUUCUGAAUUUGAAAACAGAAGACUCAAAGAAUCAUGGCAAUGCUACUGUGAAAAAGGAAAAACUCACCGUUCUCUUGUCUUAUUUUCUCUUCUUGCUCAUCACAAUAUUCUAAUGUCAGUUGGGAACUAGCAGGAAGAGUCUUUCUGUAAAAGAAAAACAAUACUGGCAUGCAAAAGACGUGCUUGUAUUGUUAAGAAUUGAGCCAUUUUGCUCAGGAACGUCUUGCUUAAUAUCUCCUUCCUGGUGUAACAAUUAAGUUCUAUAAUUAUGGAGAAGAGAGAUAUUUUGCAAACAGAUUCUGUACAUACUUCAGAUUUGGGUUAGUUAGAAAACAAGUUUGUCAGAGCUGAGGAUUUCUAAAAAAUUAUGAAGGGUCCAGGGUUUUGACCAUAGAUAUCAACAUUUGGCCCUUUGUUUCUAUGGAGAUUCUUAAUCAUCCGGGUCAUGGUUGUCCCAAAGGUGUUUUUAUUAGGUACAUAGACUUUCUUGGGAUUUUUUUCCCCUUUAAAGAUAUUUUGCUUCUCACCCAAGAAGUUUAUUCAGUUUGUUCUUCAAACUAAAGAAGCUUCUUGGAUGAGAAGUAAAAUGUCUUCAAGGGGAAAAAAAAAUCAAGAAAAUCCAGUUGCCUUUUGAAAAGCACCUUUGGAAUGAUUUGGUCCUUUGUGUUACUCUUAAGACUUAAGUUCGCUAUGCAAUAUAACUGUGUUCUCCAAUAUAUUCUAGUACUAUGGGCAAUUUUAUCAUCUCUGCAAUCACACACUACUAUGCCUUGCCUUCUCAGCAUAAUAAAUUCCCAAUGUGGAUGGAAAUAUCAGUGACAAGCUCUUAAGAUCUGGCUCAGUUUCUGAGUGCACAGAGUCAUUUCUACUAUCAUUAUCAAGAACUCCUUUAUCUUAAUUCGACAACCUGAUGCAUUUUUCUACUGCCUUGGCAAUGGCUUGACUUCAGAUUCAUAAUGUGUGCAUUCAUUGGGAUCAAGAAAGCAUUAUGUUUGAUUUUCAUGGAUAGUUUAGUGGAUUUCAAGAUCUGACUCACUCUUAUCAGUUAGACUCCAUCCAAGUUAUUUUAACUGCCUGGUAUGUUGACCACACAAACAUUUUGUGAAGUGAAAAAACACAGAAUUUACUCACCCAGUGGUUUUGUAAAACUAUAAUUGAUUCUAGAACUAAGAGUUAAACAAAAUAUCUGGAACUCAAUUGGUGUGCCUAAAUGAAUUUAUUGAGGACAAAUUGUAAAUGGAAUGCAUGGCUAUCAUUACUUUUUAUUAUUAUUUGUUUUAUCCUGUUUUCUUUUUCACUGUCUUGAAUGUAAACUAUGAGGGUGAUUUAGAAAUAUUGUAAAAUAAGCAAUUAAAUGGAUUUUGUUGACCAGUC